CCUCUGCUGCGCUAACACCGUAAAUUAAAAUUCGAGCAAGAAGUAUCUCGUAUCUACAAUAAACAAACAUCGUUACUACUAAUAAACAUUAUAAACUCAAGAUCGGACCUGAAACAGUUACGUGGAACAUUGAUUUCGUGCAUCUAGUGCGGAAGUUUCAGCUCUUUUGUGAGGUACAAUUCAAUUCGAUUUUUUCAAUAACUUCUCCUGUGCGCGGUGUGUGCGUGAGCGAAAACUGGAAACUAUCGCGUGUUAGAGUGUGCGUGUGGGAAAUUAUCGAAAAACGGCAGAUACGAGCUAAGUGCUUUAUUUUUGUUUUCGUCCUUUCACCGAGGCCGCAUCCUUGUUUAUCCUUUUCGCACUCCUCGGCAGCGGAGUUUCGUACGAAAAUCUGCCCCGAGCACGCGUUCUGGCGAUUACAUCACACGGCGAGGCCUCACGGCUGGCGUACGAAAGCGAUCGCAGUAUCCUCCGCCGGAAGGCGGCGGUUUUGGAAAGUUGCUGACUACAAAACCAGACAUAAUUGGAAGUUGCUAGGAUCGCACAAAUGGUUGCACGAAUUUCGUCACGAGAGCACAGCAAGUGAGAACGAGUGAGCAAAAACUGCCGAACAGAGUGGCCGCACGGAAACCGCAAAGUUUAAAGUUCAAUCGUACAUACGCGAAAAUAGGGAACCCAUCGUUCAAAGGAACUUUUGCAGAAGAUAAGAGGAAAAUAAUUUUUGCCCAACAUCAAGCCGCUGAUAAAUUAUGUCACAGCGUGAUCGCGAAUCUUUCAUUCACCUAUUCGCUGGAGGUAUCGCUGGUACUGCUGGCGCCGUAGUGACAUGUCCGUUGGAGGUGGUCAAAACCCGUCUGCAAAGCUCAUCGUCAUCGUUCAUCAUCAAUGCAUCGAGCGCCGCUAGACAUGCGCUCGUUGCCGAUGGAGGAAAAGUGACCGAUCAUCAUUUGCGCCACUUGACCGCUUCGAACAACGCAUCCGAGCGGCACCACAACGCGGCGCGCCAUCAGCGAGUAUGCGCCAGUUCCAUUUUGACCCGUCGGCGUCCUUCGAUCCUCGCCAUCCCGCAGUGCGGUUUGUCCACCUCAGUGCAGUCCAUCAGCAUCUGGCAAUGCCUGAAGCACAUCGUGCAAACUGAGGGCUCACGCGCACUGUUCAAGGGUCUUGGCCCGAAUAUUGUCGGUGUGGCACCGUCCCGUGCCAUCUACUUCUGCGCGUACUCUAAGACAAAGAAUGCACUGAACACCGUUGGCAUUAUUCCGGCCAACUCGCCAUUGGUGCACAUCCUGAGCGCAACGUGCGCCGGGUUCGCUUCGUCGACCGCCACCAAUCCGAUAUGGUUCAUCAAGACGCGCAUGCAGCUCGACAGCAGCAACGCCUCGAACGGGCUGCGUUCGUCGGUGGGACAGUGCGUGAAGCAAAUUUACGAGUCGCAGGGUGUCCGCGGGUUUUACAAGGGCAUCACGGCCAGCUAUGUCGGCAUCUCGGAGACGGUGAUCCACUUUGUCAUCUACGAGGCUCUGAAAAAGAAACUGCUCGAGCUACGAGAAUCGUCCCCCGCUCGAUACGGGGAUGGUCCCGCAGGUGGCAAAACGUCGCGUGAUUUCCUCGAGUUUAUGCUGGCCGGCGCAACGUCCAAGACGAUCGCGUCGAUCGUGGCAUAUCCGCACGAAGUGGCCAGAACGCGACUGCGCGAAGAGGGCAAUAAGUACCGCAACUUCUGGCAGACGCUUCUGACCGUGUGGAAUGAGGAAGGCAAAGCCGGCCUUUACCGCGGACUUGGAACGCAGCUGGUACGACAGAUUCCCAACACGGCCAUCAUGAUGGCAACGUACGAGGCCGUCGUGUACGUCCUAACGAACCCGGCCAGCGCCACUCUGCUGCCGGCCGGUGCGGCCAACUGAGAUCCGGCCGACGGACAGCCUCUGGCGGCGGGGUUGCUUCCGCAGGUGGAGCAGGACUUCCUAACGAUGGAGGAAGACGGACUGCCGCCGCCAUCGCUGGUCAUGCUUUCAACGGCGCUUACUGCACUCGGUCUCACCGGUGGUUCCUCCGAGACCGCGAUUGCAGUUGAGUCGUCUUCGUCGUCGGCGAUGGCCAACGGUGCUGGCGAAUCCGGCCAAACCGUCGUCGAGCUGCUGGAGGCUGCGGACUCUGCAUGGAUUGUACAUUGUAUUUGUGAUUUCUUCGUAGAUCUGUAAGGUCUAGGGAAGGGAUGAUAUUACUGUGGUUUUUCGAUAGGUUUAAGGGGCGCAGGAGCAACGGAAGCUAACGUACAUAUGUUAGGACAACGACGAGUAUUUAUGCAAUUAGCUAGCGGCGAAGAUAAGUUUUACGAGCGGGAAGGACAGCAUUACGGCGAACGAAACCAAAAUUAACAGAAAAGCAAAAGAAAAACGGGACAAAAAGAAAGAGAAAGAGAGAGAGAGAGAAACAGAGCGGAGUGUUGGCGGUGCGAUUAUGGUCCUCUUCCGCACACGCUCGUUUCAAUAGAGAGACUGAUUGUUCAUAUACACACAAGCGCACAGAAACGCUUUAUUUUGAUGACACACGGAAUCGAAAUGGAUUGGUUUUAUACUUAUUGUUGUUAUUUCUGUGUCUUUCGUUCGUUAGCUUGUAAGAGUGUGGUCCGGUGGCUGCAGAGAGUGGAUAACGAUUUAUGUUUUCGAUUCCUUCAUCUAAAUUUCGGUUAGUAGUCGGACAUGUUAAGGGUUAGUAGUAGUUAUUAUCAUUUUGUCGUGGCCUGAUCAAGGACAGCUUUUUCCAUUAUUUCUGCACACUUUUCACAAGCGAACGCGCCUGCGAAAUGGUGUAGAAAUAAUGGAAAAUUUGAUUUAUUGGUUCGAGUGGCGAGAGUUCUUAGAAAAUUAUAUUAAUUUUUGUUAGAAACUCAGAAGCGCUUCUCAGGCGAGAGUCGAAGUGCAAGUCGAAGGGCCAACGCUCCCGCAGAGCAGUGUAACAUAGCGUAGCCUAGGUGUCGAGCAAGCAGAAGAGCUUAUUCCUUUUAGACUGGUUAGCUCCUAACCUGCUGUUUGCGAGUGAAGGUCGGGCCCAGCCGAAGCGGCGACGGUUCGCUUGGUUUGAGCUGAUUCCAUCGACGACAACCGCGGAAGUCAAUAGUAUGUUCGGAAACCGAACGCGCAAGCAUAGAGUUUGAAGAAGCGAAAGUUACGUCAAGGAAGCACACUUACGUCUAAUGCCAAUUACAAUAAUUGGAGAAAAAAGGAUAUACUGCUACUCGGAAGUGUUGCUAUUUUUAAUUCGUUACGAUAAUGCUUAGUUCCAAAUUAUGGUGGUCGCAGAAAAAAUAGACCAAUGAAUGCAAUACAUAUAUCUCCUCUAGCAAGAUAGAUGCAGACAACAGAUCUUAAGUAGAAAUUAACCAAUCUCACCCUAUGUUGAUUGAUUGCCUAUCCCUUUUUGAAUUGCCCAGCAAUUGAUUGCUUUAGGCGAACGGAAUGAGUGGUCCUUCGCAGAAGAGGCCAUAAAAGUCGGCCAAGCAACGAGUUGCAAAAAUACCUAGUGAAUCACAGCACUGGUCGAGAUGAUGCUUCAUCCAAACAUCCCACAAGUGCAGUCCUUAUAUCAAUCGGCACAUCACAAAACACAAACAACACGCAGCAGUGGCGGCCAGCAAGCAACCAGUCGUAUGCGCACUUGUUGUGUCCUGGCUGACCUUUGAAUUGUGAAAAAAGAGAGGCCUAAUUGGCUUUUAAAAAUACCAUCCGCCCAGCAACACGGAUCGAAACAGCGCCAUAAUGGCAUCGUUUUGAAAUUGUUCUUCGGUGGCAAUGCGCGUGAUGAUCGAUCGCACACUAUUUAUGACGCCUCUGGGCUCUGCUGACCAUUCUUCCGACACUGUUUACAAGAAAACGUACCGUUAGUAAACAUGAAUAAUAUCCAAAAAUAAGAAAAUGUUGUGCCAAAACAGCGUGUCGAUCAGGGCGUGAUAGUUGUUGCUGAAGGGCAAUUUGACCUACCCCAAGAGUAAUAUGUUGAUGUGCAGCGACCAUAUUUUCACAAUUUACCACGAACGGACGAGUUGGGUGCAUUGCCACUAAUUAGUCGUUGGCAUAUCGCCACGGCCGAUGAUGUAACAUUGUGAAUGGUGGUCGUGACAUUUGGGACACGCUGCAUCAGGCACAUGUGAGUGAGAUGGGAAGAACACUUGAAAGUACAAGAUUGACGAGCCAUACACAUUUUUGCACCAUUGUGUAGAAACUAUGAAUUGCAAUGGCGCUCACGGUAGUGCUUAACAGUAAAAUAGUCGCCACCAUAGGACCCUAUGGAGUAGCUCUGCUUAAUCUUAUCUGCUGUUCUUCAGAGAACCGGGGGAAGCAGUAAAUAGUCCACAAAGUGUAGCGCAACAUUAGAGUAUGUUACAAUUGGCUCUGAUGUUUGGUAUGUUCAAAGUUAACCUGUUUUUAAGGAUAAUUCGUAGCCUCACAGUCAGUAUAAACCGAGGUAGAAGUUACCUACAAAUCAACGAAACAACGAAAUAUGAUCGCUAUGUCGUCAUUGCGAUACGCACAGAUUGCUUCUUGUGGUAGGUGCUUCGAAGGUCGAGUCAUGUGGCACAAACCAAAUAGCCAAGCGCUGCAGAUUAGGUGGUACUCUACCCCAUGGUAUGAUGAAAUAGUUGCUUUACAAAAGCUAGCCUUCGAUCGGGUAUCGGUUAAAUUUACUACAAUAUACAUAUAUAUCUACACUAUACACCCUGAAUGCGCAAUGUUAUGCGCAACAUAACAUUUACAAAACACUAGAGCAGUAAGACAAGUUUGAAACAAAACCAAGAAAUGAAACGUGAAAACAGGGGUUGAAUUGAUUUGAUGGAAUUACGAAGGGAGAAAGUUAUGAGAAUUAUAAUGUUAUUCUGUUUUUUUUAAACGCUUUUUUCAUGAACAUGAAAACCGUAUACAUAUGAAUAAAGUUAUUCAAAAAUCUA